AUGGACGGUGACACCACAUUAUGGGGGCUUCUUGUGAGCUCCUUUCUAUUGAUACUGGCAUACAAAGGCUACGACCUACUCUGGGGUGUUCCACGCCGUGAUGGGUCUCUCAAAGCGAUCGUGGAAGUCAAACGCAACAAGCGAUUUCCAAACGGCAAUGCUCUGACGGCGAAAUACACCGGCAGCGAGACGCUUGACCAGUGGAUGAUAACGCCGGUCAUCCUCUAUGAAGGCUUGCUGGACGGGUCGAAUCUGCCAUAUUUCCUGAUGUUGCUGGAUGUGCAUGCUUCAAUGCAAGCCACUUCGACUGUGAUGCUCGUUCGACUGGCAGCGGUGCAUGCACUGCCCACUUCUCUUACUGCUCUUACCAUCGCAGGCUUGGGGAUGUUGAAUCAAGCAUAUGGGGCUGCCUUUGUCUACCCUCUAUAUUGCAUGGCAGAGAUCAUGCUCGAUGCUAUAGCUCCCACGAAGCUAGCGUUCCGAUUUCCCAUCACAGUCAGGCAGACACAGGCCAUAUGGAUUGCAUCGAUGAUAGGAUUCGCUUUCCCACUAAUCUUCGCUUAUCCAUGGCUCUUGAGCUUGCAAAGACCACUACGGCAGAAGAUAGUGGCUUACUACCGCUUUGCACCGCUGGCAUUUGCGGCAGCAUAUUUCGUGGCUGAUCGAGUCGGUGACUCAUUGGCCUUUAUGCACACCGUUUCAGCACAUCAGACUCUGGUUACAGUUCUGGACAUUGCCACCGUCUACGCCACUAUCGGACAUUUCGCUGCUCUCGUGCUGCCGCUGUUUCAGCCGAAACCAUGGCACGCCUUACGCAGAGUCUUCCUACCGACGAGCUCUCACAUUCGGCCUGGUAGUCAGAGGAUGAUAAGCGAUGCAGCUCACCGCUUUCUGCAAUACGACAUCUAUGUCAUCGGAGCAGCCUUUUUUGUGUGGCAGUUCUGGGUUGAAAAGGGCUGGAAGUCUAACGAUCAACUUUGGCUCGAACAGUGA